UUAAUGUCAAAUGUGACGUAAACUGUCACAUGAAACAGGGAGGAAAGGAGUGACAAAACAAAAUAAAAUAAACAACAAAUUGAAGAUAAGAUUGUCAACAAUUCUGGAUUAACAACAGAACACUCGUUUCGUGUACUUUAUAGAAAAUGUUAUCAUCACUCAUAAAAGAACAUCAAUCUAAGCAAGCUGCAAAAAGAGUUGUACAAGAACAAAAACGUAAAGAAUGUAUAGCUGCAGCAAAUGAACUUACUCAAGCACUCGUAGACCACCUUAAUGUUGGUGUUGCACAAGCAUAUCUAAAUCAAAAGAAACUGGAUGCAGAAGCCAAAUUGCUACAUCAAGGCGCAAUGAACUUUGCAAAGCAAACACAGCAGUGGCUUGCGUUAGUAGAAAAUUUCAGUAGUGCUCUCAAAGAAAUAGGUGAUGUAGAAAAUUGGGCACGCAGCAUUGAAAAUGAUAUGAAAAUAAUCACAGAUACAUUGGAAAGAGCUUAUGUAACUACACAACAAUCGGGGAGUCAGUAAUGUAAUUUUAUUUAUUUGUAAAGAGAUAUUAAUAUAAAUUAAUUAAACAUAAUACGAAUACAUUUAUUCUAUGUCCCAAACUAAAACAAGUUUAAAUAAACAUCUUUAAGAUAUCUGGCAUGGUACAAUAAAACAUCUAACAGAUUAUAGCUUUAAAUUAUAUAAUA